UCAAGCCAGCAGAAUCAUCUCACACAUCAGAAGAGCAAGAAGCCUCCACAUCAUGUGCCACAUCCCCGUCUUCUGCUGGAUCUCAUCCACUGUGCUUCAGAAGCUCCUGGAAGAAGAUCUGAGUGCAGAAAUCCCUCAAACUCUGACUGAAAUGUACAUCCACUUCCUGCUGAUUCAGAUCAACAUGAGGAAGCAGAAGUAUGAAGAGAGAGAUCCAGAGAAACUCCUGCAGUCCAACAGAGAAGUGAUUGUGAAACUUGCUGAAGUGGCUUUCAAACAGCUGAUGAAGGGUAAUGUGAUGUUCUAUGAGGAGGACCUGAUUGAGAGCGGCAUAGAUGUGACUGACGCCUCAGUGUAUUCUGGGUUUUGUACUGAGAUCUUUAAGGAGGAUUCUGUGAUUAAUCAGAGGAAAGUCUACAGCUUCAUCCAUCUGAGCUUUCAGGAGUUUCUUGCUGCUCUCUAUGCUGUUCACUACCAUCUUUGUAAAACAAUGAAAGCACUAAAGUUUUUUGCACUGCAUAAUAUGUUUGAAGCAACAAUAGACACAGCUCUACAAAGUAAAAAUGGAGAGCUGGAUCUGUUCCUGCGGUUCCUGCUGGGCAUCUCACUGGAGUCCAAUCAGAGACUCUUACAGGAUCUACUGACACACACAGAGAACAGCUCAGAGAGCAUCAGAGAAACCACACAGUACAUUAAAGAGAAGAUCAGAGAUGGACAUGGACUCUCCACUGAAAGAUCCAUCAAUCUGUUUCUCUGUCUGCUGGAAGUGAAAGAUCAGACUCUGUCCAGAGAGAUUCAGGAGUUUGUAAAAUCAGACAAACACUCAGAGAAGAAACUCUCUCCUGCUCACUGCUCAACAAUUGCCUACAUGCUUCAGAUGUCAGAGAAGCCGCUGGAUGAGCUGGACCUCAAGAAAUACAACACAUCAGAUGAGGGGAGAAGAAGACUGAUACCAGCUGUGAUCAACUGCAGAAAAGCUCUAUUGUCCAGCUGUAAUCUCACUGGUCAGUCAUGUGAAAUUGUGGAAUCAGCUCUACAAUCCUCAAACUGCGCCCUGAGAGAGCUGGAUCUGAGUAACAAUGACCUGCAGGAUUCAGGAGUGAAGCUGCUCUCUGAAGGACUGAAGAGUCAAAACUGUCCGCUGCAGAUUCUGAGGUUGUCUGGCUGUAUGGUGUCAGAGGAAGGCUGUGGUUAUUUGUCUUCAGCUCUGAGUUCAAACCCCUCACACCUGAGAGAGCUGGAUCUGAGCUACAAUCACCCAGGACAAUCAGGAGUCCAGCUGCUCAAACACAAACUGCAGGAUCCAAACUAUAACCUGCAGAUACUCAAUUUGGAUGAUGGAGGACAUUUCAGGAUUGUUCCAGGACUGAAAAAAUAUGCCUUUGAUCUCACACUGGAUCCGAACACGGCACACACUCGUCUCAUUGUCUUUGAAGGGAACAAAAAAACGACAUGUGUUAAAGAGCAUCAGCCGCAUCCUGAUCAUCCAGAGAGAUUUGAGCGCUUUGAGCAGGUUCUGUGUGUUGAGAGACUGACUGGACGCUGUUACUGGGAGGUUGAAUGGAGCGGCUGGAGUCAUGUAGCAGUGUCAUAUAAAGGAAUCAACAGGAAGGAUGAAAGUGACAGUCGGUUUGGACUUAAUGAAAAGUCCUGGAAUCUUUACUGUUGCAAUAAUAUUUACUCUGUCUGGCAUAAAAAUAAGAGCACAAAUAUUCCUUCCCCUUCAGCCUUGUCUAAUAGAGUAGGAGUGUAUCUGGACGUGUCGGCCGGCUCUCUGUCCUUCUACAGCGUCUCUGACACACACACACUCACACACUUACACACAUUCAACACCACAUUCACUGAACCUCUCUAUGCUGGAUUUGGACUUUAUAAUGAUUCCUCAGUGUCUCUGUGUCAGAUUUAACAUAAUCUGGUGAGAAUUUGUUUAUACCUAGGUCUGUCUGAAUACUCAACUCUAAUUGGCUGGAAGGUGUGCUUUAAAGCUUUUUGAUGCACAUGUCGUUCCAGUCAGUUUAAUCAUGUUCCAUAUUAAUGCACUACUUUCAGUGCACACAGAGAGAGAGAGAGAGAGAUUGUGCUGCAGACACAGAAACAUUCAGGAGCAUACAAACUUGUUGUCAACGUUGUCCUGCAACUUACCUUAAUAAAAUAGCGUUGAUACUCAAUUGCUAUACUAUAUGUCUUAGCAAAGAGAGGUAACAUCGGUGCUUCUGAUGUAAUUCAACUCACAGCUUAACUAUUAGAGAGACCUGCACAGUUCAAUUUAAGGCAUUAUACAGACAUGCAUUUCCAUUGUAACGUAAGUGUGUUAUUAGGCUUGUUUCGCAUUGCAUGCUUAAGCAGUACAUAUGCCAUUUAUUCUAGCAGCCAUAUUAACAGCUCAGCAUUCAUACUGCCCACAUUAGCAGUGCUGUGCAGUAGAACACUUUACUAACCUAUAACUGUAACCAAAGGUGCUUAUUAUAGAUCUCAUUUUAUUAAAACUAUUUUCUAUUCAACAUUGAACUUCUGAUCUAUCUUUUAUCAGGGUUUCUGUGGGUCUGUGAUAUGGUGUAAUGUGACAUGGUUUAAUUUCCUCCCCAUGACCAUUUUGAAAUAAACAACCCAUUUCAUGUGUUGUUUUGCAUCAUUCCCAUUCCACUUCUCGCAUGUGUUUUAUGAUAAAAUGUGUUUUGGGGACUGGAUAGAGUCGUUGGGUGGCAGAGCUGUUGUCAUCACGCGUAGUGUGUGACCCGCUGUUGCGGAUCAUUUAUGUAGUGUCACGUAGUGUGAACACCACAAUGACUUCAAGACAGACAGAAAGUCAUGUAGGCUGAGCAGCACAGCAAUCUGCAGACAUUUAAAGUAAUGUAGUAUGAACUAGGCUUUAAGUGUAACAUGAUGAAAGUCCCACCUCUGUUUAUAUUACAAUUAGUGUAAUACAUUUUAAAUUCCAGUGCGUAGAGGCAAAACGGCAUUUGGUGGCUGGAAAAAAUAAUAUUCAUAUGUAAUGCC